AUGGGCCACCUCAACGAUGCCCUCACUCUAGCCGCGUCAGUGACGUGUGCCUACCUUGCCUAUGCCCUCUAUUGGGACAAAAAGCCCCAACUAGCGAAGCUUCCCCCUCCUGCUGCUGACGUCGCCGACCUUAUCGGCAACACCGAGGUGGUGGAAAUCAAGUCACUUUCCCGCUACACCAAGUGUCGGAUAUACGCCAAACUUGAACUCAAUAACCCUGGUGGCAGUGCUAAAGAUAGAGUGGCGCUUGCUAUUAUCAGAGCUCACGAACAAACGGGUCAAUUAGCUCCUAAUCGUGGCGAUGUCAUCUUCGAAGGUACCCUGGGGUCUACCGGAAUUUCCAUCGCCAUGCUUGCUAAUGCUUUAGGAUACAAAGCUCACAUUUGCUUGCCCAAUGAUACUCUGCCCCAGAAGAUCGCUUUACUCGAAAGUUAUGGCGCUGAAGUGGAACCGGUGCCGCCAGCACUGAUUGUUGACCCUAACCAGUAUACUAAUGCUGCUGCCGCUGCUGCCAAAGCAAUUAAUAACAAUCCCGAUGAUCCUCGGCGGGCAAUCUUUGCCGACCAGUUUGAAUCCGAUUAUAACUGGCGGGUCCAUUAUGCCACUACCGGCCCGGAAAUCGCAUUACAGGUGCCGCUGGUGGACGUAUUUGUGCUGGGACUGGGUACCGGGGGUACUAUUGCUGGUGUAGGACGCUACCUUAAGCACCACCAUAACCCUCGUACCACUGUAGUCCUCGCUGACCCUCAAGGUUCAGGUCUUGCCAAUCGCGUCAAUUAUGGCGUCAUGUACGACACUGUCGAACGCGAAGGCACUCGUCGCCGUCACCAAGUGGACACUGUGGUGGAAGGCAUUGGUUUGAACCGGCUCACCCACAACUUUAGCCUUGCCGAACCGAUCAUUGACGACGCGGUGCGGGUUAAAGACGAAGCGGCAGUGGCGAUGGCGAAGUGGUUAUGCACUAACGAUGGCUUCUUUUGGGGUCUGCUGAGUUGCGUCAACGCCGUCGCCGCCGUGGAAACCGCGUUGCGUUUGGGACCGGGCCACACCAUCGUCACCAUCGCCUGCGACCUGGGGUCUCGCCACUUGUCGAAGUUCUAUCGCGAUGCCGCCAAGGCCAACCCCACUCUGGUUGCCGACAUCCUCGACCUCAACAAAUAA